UAUGGUAUGUGAACUGGAGUCUAGGUGGUAGAUGAUUUUUCCGAGCUUUGUCAGUUUGUGAGAAGUUUUCGCGGAGCUCAUAGCUUGAAACUGUAUCCAAACUGUGCAAUUCAACUUGGUGUUGGCGCUGACCAGUAUCUUUACCCUUUUGAAGAAGGAAUUUUGCGAAAGCUCACACCCAAAGGAAGUUAAAUUUUGGAAUAGUUUCUUACUGCUCCUGAUAGAAAGAAUCAAGUAUAAUGCUUCUACCUGAAGAAAACAAUAGUUCGUUCUAAGGAUACAGUGUAUGUGUUGUGAAAAAUCUGUUCAGUAUAUAAAACAUGCCUCUGUGAAACAUCCGGACGGUAGUGAAAAUGGAGCAAGCUCGUGUGCAUUCUAAAGGCAACCAUCGAAGCUCGCGAUCCAGAUCUACUUCUCACAGAGCCACAUCCACAAGCGGCCAUCAUAGGCCUGAGUUAGAGCAAACCCCUAGUAACACAAGGGAGGACGAUGAAUUAGCUAAAAAUAGAGCAUAUCCUGCUAGGGGCCAUUCGCGUGAAGAAGAAAAUGUAGAUAGUAGCAGUACGACAACAAAUGCUAGCACGAAAACGAACAAUAAAAACAACAACAACAAUGAUGAUGCAAUUGAUAAUAACCUAACUGCUCGGGACCAAGUCAUAGAGACCACUUCUAUCGAAACUGUUCCCGGUACUGAUGAUAAACUCCAAAAGGGUAUUCUCGGCUACAUGGACCGACAGCUGAAAGUGCAAUCGUUGUCGGAUCCACAGAAAAGUCCAGCCCAGAGAAGCACUCGAAGCAGGAGCAGCUUGGAAAAAAGCCCACGCAGAAAACGCAGUAAAUCAGAAUCUCGUAGGCGAAGGGAACGGAAGAUCAUAGCCGCGGGAGAGAUGGAAGUGCGACAGGCCAACGAAACGUUGAUGCGCUAUCUGAAGCAGUGUUCCGAUUUUAACGACGCGUCUCUGUCGGGCGAUUUAGAAAUCCCGGAGAACCUGGAGGAUCGACGAGUACAUCGAAAAACUAAAUCGCAGCGAGAGCGAAAGCAUCAGCAAAACGUGCCGAAACCUGCCGGAGACGACUGUGUAAACUAUCAUGGCGAAAUUUACAAUCCCUUCACACCUGUCGUUUCGCCCACAACGGAGGCCGCCCCGACCAGAAUCGAUAAAAUGUACAUACAAACCGCCAGUGGAUAUCGACCAGUAGACAAUACGUACCACCAUCAUCAACACAUGCAUCAACAGCAUCACCACCAUAAGACCAGAACAAGUGGUGAUCCCGAAAGCAAUAGAUACACAAUAAGCAGCGCGGUUCAGCUGUCCUGUGCUGUGCAACGAGCAUGGCUGCAAAUUUCCAACGUCUGCCAUGGAUUAUUAGGAGGUUUGGCCCUGGCCCAUUUGCUGCUGAUCUGCACGACCAGACCGUACGACUGGGUUGAAGCAUCCAUUCGUCACUAUUCAGCUUUCGCGGAGGUUUACGCGAACGCGUUCUACUGUUUAGCCAUCGUCUGUAUGGUUUCGAUUUUCGAUAGGACGGACAUAGCGCACUUUAGUUUGUCCAGUGCUGGCGAAAACAACAUUUCUUUUCGUUCGGUGAUAAUUAUAAUGACAUAUGCAGCAACGAUCAUCCUUAGUCUAUCGGCUGGUUCGAUGGACGAACGGCUUUACCUGUCUGCCACCAAUGUAACGAUUUGGGAAGAAGAACUGGAAACUAAUAAGGUGCUCAGCAUCUGGAAUACACUAUCGAUAGCACGAAGCAUCGGAGCCAUUUUCGGUUGGGUUGUUAUUGGUUUGUCAUCUGACCAGGACCACUUUUAUGACCAUUUGCAGGAGAUGGAGAGGUAUCAACUCCAGUGAAUGUAGUAACAGUAAAUGCGCUUUGUCAGAAACAUUUCAAUCAUUGUUUAAUUUACGGUACACUCAAAUGAGUUUAGUCCAAGUUGGAAUAUAUUUUAUUGAGCAAUGUAUAACAAAUUGAAUUUCCUGGAUAGGGCACUGCCAAUCGGAUUUCAUACAAUAGUAGUUAUGUUUCCAUUUGUCUCCUAGAAUUAAUAACAUAUCGAUGAAAGGUUGAUUUUCGUUUGUCAAAAUUAGUGACUCAAUUUGUUCCCAGAAUUAAAAACAAUUAAAUAUCUACUGUAAGAAUAACCAGUACCAGUUUUUGUACGAAUUGAAAAGGUCACAGGUGAUCAGGUAACUCACUUCGUCCGCGUCCCUGGUCGCUAUUUAUUUCUACCAUGUGGCGAUUUGUCAGAAAGGCUAUCAUUGUUCAUUAGAUCCUGUUUCAUCGCAAGCAAAAUUGUGUUGCAAUUUUAUUAUCGACUGUAUAUAUUGUAUUUCGUAUGUACAUGAAAGUAGUGUCAUUGCAUCUGCUGGCACACACCAAUCGAACCAACACAUCUUCUUACUAAACAAGUCGUAUUGUUUCUUUGAUCAGUAUUUAUAUGAUCAAAUAUAGAUCUUUCUAAUAGGUUGAAAAUAUACAAAGAAAAUUAAUUAUUUCAUAGGAUGUUGAAAUUUGUGAAAAUUUUUAUCCUUUUCAUACUUCAUACUAAAUACACUUCCUUGUAUGUAGUAUGCAUUGUUACAAUUUACUUUUAGUUUUAUUAUAGGAAUUAUAAUCUUUUCAAAGAAUAUGCUUAGAAGUGAUUGGGCACGAUUGAUUAUAUAUGCAUUCACUAUAUGAUCUCAAUAUUGCUAUGCCAGUCCAUUGAUUGCAAGCUCAUGUUUUUUUUUAAAUAAAUAUUGUUUUGUAAUUUAGUUUAUAAUUUUUAAUAUUUAAAGCAAAUGCUAUUGAUACUGCAAACAUGGUCCUAAUUCAAUAUCUGGAUAAUACUGUUUCAGUAUUAUUAAUAGCGAUGAGUAGACGCUGCUGUUAUUUUCAUGUUCGUGACCAUAUCGUGUAGGUGUAUCUGUCUACAGGUCCCCAACCUUCCGUUUUUUCCUUCAUACAGCGAUAUGUUGAAUUGAGAUUGGUAAUGGCAAAUGAAAUUACUGUCAAGUGAUUCCACGCUUGCAUACUCUAGCUAGAAUAGUACAUGCAUUAAAAAGGUCACAGGUGAUCAUUCCAGUGCCUACACAUUCGUUUCCGUAGAGCUAUGUUCUUACAAUCACUCGUAUAGAAGAGUUUCUAUCAAUUGCAACCAUUUCGGAAAUACUUUUCGAUUAUUGUAGUUUCUGAUUAUUGCAAAAGCUUUUCUUCAUUAAGGCUGAUCUAAAUUUGUUCUGGACCGAUGGCUACAGCGAGGCAAGAAAAUGAGAAUCAGCUUAUAAAUGGAAGAGUAAAGUCUCUAUUCCCACACACGCGUUGGUAAGAAAACUAUAAUAAGAUAGUGCUCCUACACUCUGCUUAAUUACAAUUAUGCGAUUAAUAAUAAAUUUAAAUGUAAAUAGUUAGACCUAAACUAGUUAAUGAAAACUAUGGAAAAAAAAGUUAAGAUAACAUCGCCAAACAGGGAAUCGGAUGCUAAUAGUCACUGUAACAAUAAACUGGUAACCAUAAGGAGAACUAAAGGACUACAGUAGGAUACACAACAUGAAAUACCAAUCAACGUGAUUAAUCAAAUCCACACGAACACAAUUACCAUACUUACAGUAUACCAAUAAUUCAGACAAGAAAUUCGUUGUUUUGUCUAUUUGUAGAUGAAAUUCAUUGUGAAGGCCAUUUCUUUCUGAAGUAGUUUUUUUUCUACAACGCUAAGUUAUCUCGCGCCAAAAUGAUGAUUCAUGAAGUUGCAACUUGGCCUCAUAAACUCAAAACUCCUAUUCGGUUAAGUAAAUAUUGUGUAAGUGAGUACACUCGCGUUACAUUCUUGUAAAUAACGAAAGAGACAUGAUAGCUUAAAUUGGUUAAUAGAUAUGUAUUAAAAAAAAUACACGAAAUCAGUUAUAAAUAACUUUUAAGGCAAUGUAAAACAAUGUGCAAGAUGGCAAGCGAAGGACUGAAACUAGCAAAUAUAGUGGUUAAUAUGAAUAAUACAAAUAGAAACAGAAACACAUGCAUACAAACAAUGAGAUAAUCAAAUGAUAGUCAAAGUUAUCGAAACAAAUGCAGCGGAAGUGUGAGUAAUUUUUUGGAGUAGUUCACAUUUUGUUUUGUAUAUCCCUAUAUAUAUAUAUAUAUAUAU